GGUUUACUUGCGUUUUUCUCUUGACAGCCUCAACUCAAGAAAACAGCUUCCUGAAACAGGUUCUUUUAUCAAGCCGAAUAAAAGGUUCUUGUUUUUAACCUUUUUUUUUUUUUUGAGUUUUGGCUAUAGGUUCUCAGCCCUGAAACAGCCAUGGACGAAACCGUUGCGGUCCGGUUCCCUGGAAACCUCGACCCGUCUGCACAAGAAUUUUGGCCCGCCAAAAACCCUGUUUGCCAGCCCCAGAUUCCUUUCUUCAGACCACCCCAACUUUACUACCCGUACGCUGCAUCCACAGCGGUGCCGUUUGAUGGCGGCGUAGCACAGUUAUAUACUGCCUUACCUGUACCUGCACCAACGGCGUACGUAACAGCUUCCAUGGUGGUUGCACCUCAGCCGCCACUGCCGCCUCCGACGGCGGCGGCGACGAGGGCUUUAGUUUUGACAUUGGUUCCAUGCGAUGUGAGCGAGUCUAUGGUGAGGAAAGAAUUGGAAGUGUUCGGGGAAGUACGUGGGGUUCAGAUGGAAAGGGUCGGAGAGGGAAUCGCGACCGUUCAUUUCUACGAUCUGAGACAUGCGGAGAAAGCGUUGAAGGAAAUACGAGAGCAGCACAUGCAACAACAAACCAGGGUUCGCGACCAAUAUGUUGCGGCUGCAGCCGGGUGCGAACCAGGAGAGAUCAACGCGUGUGCUUCACUGCCUCCACCUGCGCGUGGACUCAUAUCGGGGAGAGCUGUUUGGGCCCAUUUUAUUAUUCCGGCAAGUAAUGCUGUUCCUGACGGGAAUAAUCAAGGAACUGUUGUGGUUUUCAAUUUGGACCCCGGCGUUUCCACUUCUAAACUCAAAGAUAUUUUCCAAGUUUUUGGCCCCGUGAAGGAACUGAGAGAAACACCAUUGAAGAAACGCCAAAAGUUUGUGGAGUUUUAUGAUGUAAGAGAUGCGGCUAAGGCUUUAAGAGAAAUGAAUGGAAAAGAAAUUAAUGGGAAGCAAGUUGUAAUUGAAUUUAGUCGACCUGGAGGAUAUAGCAGGAAGUUCUUCAAUGCUAACAACGCCAACAUCAACGUUAACGCAUUCACAGCUUGCACUGAUAAUAUUUCAUUGCCGUCCAGUAAAUAUAAUCAUCAUUCAAGAAAUUCAAAGUACCCAUCUUCUCCCCCGCUUCCGCCUCCUCCACCUUCAUUGGCGCGCAGAUUCUCUGGUAGAAUUUCUUCGAACAUCCCUCGUUCUUUUCGUUCUCGAAGCCAAUCGCCUACCAAGAAAGUGUCUAAUUUUAGUAAGGGAAACCCUAGUGGGAAUAACAACAGCAAGAGUUUGGUUGAAACAUCAGUGGCUGGUGGUGGAGGUGCUAAGAAGACUGCGAAAAACCAAAACAACCAAUCCACAUUGAGUGGUAGCAAUGGGAGUAAGCAGCAGCAGUGUAGGGGUAAGCCAUGGAAAGGUAGACAAGCAAAGAAGUUUGAUCCUCGUUUCUUAAUAAGUGAAGAUGCCAUGGUGGAAUCUAAUUGUAAAGAUUCCAGGACCACUGUCAUGAUUAAGAACAUCCCCAACAAGUAUAGUCAGAAAUUGUUGUUGAACAUGCUGGACAAUCACUGUAUUCACUGCAACGAGCAAAUUGCUGACGGGGAUGAUCAGCCAUUAUCUUCUUAUGAUUUCGUCUACCUCCCCAUUGAUUUUAACAACAAGUGUAAUGUGGGAUAUGGAUUUGUGAACAUGACAUCUCCGCAAGCAACAUGGAGACUUUACAAGGCCUUCCAUCAUCAACAUUGGGAAGUUUUCAACUCAAGAAAAAUCUGUGAAGUCACUUAUGCCAGAGUUCAGGGGUUGGAGGCGUUGAAAGAACAUUUUAGAAACUCAAAAUUCCCAUGCGAAAUGGAUCACUAUCUGCCAGUAGUUUUUGUGCCUCCUCGAGACGGCAAACAACUGACUGAGCCACUUCCUAUAGUUGGUCAAAAGCGUCCUGUUGCCUCGGCCAAAGCCAAUGACGAAGAAGAUGAUGAUGAUCAUAUCGAUGAUGAGUGUCGUAAUGAAAAUCUGCUUGGCAAUGGUGGUAGUGCAAAUUCGGGUCAAGAAAAUAAUGCCUACAGCACCAAUCAUUUCAACUACUGUGAUUCUGAUGAUACAAUUGUGCAGCACGAGGAAGCCCUCAGUAACGGCACUAGCCAAACGGCGGCGAUGUUGGGUCAUGAUUAA